AAGGAAGAGGCUCCGACAGGGCGUUGUCAUCUUGGCAGUGUUGUCAUCGCGGUCGGUAUUUCACUUCCCUGACGCGUUCAGGGGAUGCAGCUGGCAUGAGCAAUCCCCGCAUUUAACUGUCCAUGCGUUAUUUGCUCUGCCAUUAUUUCCAGCUCCCGCUGGUUGCUACCGUCUCAGAGAAAUGAACACAGCAAAAGUUGUGCUCAGAGUUGUGUGCUAAUGGGAACUGGUUCAGGUGUUUGGCUGCCACACAGGCCUGCGGCUUUGGCCUCUUCUGGCUUCAGAGGGUUUGCCUAGCUGCAUGAGGGGCAGCGCCUGCAGCACAUACAACUUCACACGUUUCAGCUGUGCUUUUGCUUACCCCUGAAACUCAUCCUUUUUUCUGUUUUGUAGAGUAAAAGCAACAGAAUCUAUCUGUAAAUAAGGAACUUCAUGCAGCCAAACAUCCUUCAUAGUCUUAAUUUCUCAUGGCAACUCUAUCAUUCAUAGUUUGUUUUCAGAUUCACAGAAUCAUAAAAUAUCUCAAGUUGGAAGGAAACAAAGGGAUCGUAGAAACAUCAAGGCUGGAAGGGACUACCAAGACCAUCUAGUCCAACCCCAACCCGCUACCACCAUGCUCAAUAACCGUGUCCUUCAGUGCUGCAUCCACAUGCUUCUUGAAUGGUGGUGACUCCAGCACCUCUUGAGGCAGCCUGUUCCAAUACCUCACCGCUCUUUCUGAGAAUAUUUUUUUUUCCUAAUAUCCACCUUCAACCGCCCCUUAAAUUGGCAGCUUAAAGCCAUUCCAUCUCGUCCUGUUGCAGUUACCUGGCAGAAGAGGCUGACCCCCAUCCCAACACCUAUCUGGUCAUUGUAGAGAGCAGUAAGGUCUCCCUUGAGCCUCCUCCAGGCUUCUCCAGUCCCUUCUAACACUCCCCAUAAAGCUUGUGCUCCAGACCCUUCACUAGCUUCAUUGUCCUAACUGAUGAUCCUUUGCUGGAUCAGCUCCUAGUUCCACACAGGACCACCCAAAAUUCCAACUAGAUUUCUGUGAGCAAACUAUAAAGUUAAUUGUCAAAGUCACUGUUUCCUUUAUGAUUUCUCCUCUCAUCUCUUGCUUUCACUUUAUUGAUGUCAGUAGACUUCCCUUAGGCUUCUAUGCUCAAAAGAAGAUGAGAGUUAGUAAAACUGCCACAUUGAAAGAGGAUUCAUUUUAAAGCUUGUUGCUUCUCAUCAGAUUAAUUCAUUAUUUCAAGAAAAUAUUAUAAUUAAUUUUAAAGCCAAAUUUAAAUAUAUAUAGGUAUCUAAUGCAAAGUAUGUACCAAUUCCCACACACCUGGAAAUUUCCACCAAACCCUUUUCUGUUUUCUUCCUUUUUUUUUCUGUCCUCUUUUUUCACACCUUGAUAUCUGCUUAUGUUUGGGAAUUAUCUGUUAUCUUUCUUCAUUCUGCUAGGCUCACAUUUUCUUUCUCAUCUUGUUUUCAAAAGAAUUUCAAGUAUUUUUUCUGUCUUCAGUUAAUUAAAUACUCAGAUUUUUCUUUCUUUCUUUCUUAAAAUGAUUUAUGUAGGACAUUCUGAUUUUUUUUAGAUAAUUUUCUGUGAAGCAGACUGACAUAGAAACGUAUAUCAUGAUUUAGCUUCCUCCAAAGAGAGCAUAUUCCUAUGGAAAAUAAUACUAACUUCAGAUGGCUGGGUCAGGUAGAGGAAGAGGACGUGCUUCAUUUACAUUCAACAUUGAAGCCAUUGGCUUCUCUAAAGGUGCAGUUCUACCUGAUGUUGUGUGUAAGCCUCCACCGUUAUUUCCUAGUACAGAAAAUAAGCCAGUGCCUCUGAAAACAGGAGACGAUGAAGAUUACAUGUUGGCCUUAAAACAAGAUUUUAGAGGAGCUAUGAAAAAAAUGCCAUAUUUUUUGGCAGUAGAAGAAGAUCACGAAGCAAUUGAAAGGUACAGUAAAAAGUACAUGGAUAAUGAAAAGGAGCAUGCAGCAUGGACUCCAGAUUGGAGAAGACUUCCAAGAGAGAUGAAGCCAAGGAAAAAGAUGAAGAAAGCAGGUGCAAAACCAAAAAAGGCAAAGUAUUCUGAGCCUAAAAGUAACGUGGAUGUGUUGAAAAAAAUUGAGGAGUUGGAAAAAAAAGAUGAUGAAGAAGAAAAAUCUGACGAUGAGAAAGACAGAACAAAAGAUAAAGAAGGUGAAGAUGAUGAAGAAGCUGAAGAGCCAGAAGAAUAUGAUGAAGAGGAACAUGAAGAGGAAAAUGACUAUAUUUCUUCAUACUUUGAAGAUGGAGAUGACUUCGGUGCUGGCAGUGAUGACAAUAUGGAUGAAGCAACAUACUAGCUGCUGUUGCUAGGAGGUGUACUGUUCAUGAAAUAGAAUCCUGGAGGUAGGCUGAGUAUUCCUGACAGAACUAAUGCUUCAGAUCUUUUGGGUUUAAGCUUACUUUCCGAAAACAUAUGGAACAAUUUUUUGUACUUGUUUUUCGCUGUAAAAUGGGAUCCCAGAUCCCACAUUUUGUUCAUUUGCUAUGUUUUGCAGAUAUGCACUUUUUAAAGCUUCUCUGAGAUGCCUACUGAUGCCAAUACAUGGCCUCUGCACAGAAAAAGAAUGUAUCCAUUUUUGUGGAAUUGUGCCUAAGCAUUUGCACUAGUCAGUUCUGUGCUUUAGCUGUGAAAUUCCUCAUAACUGGAGCAAAGCAAAAAUAAAGCCAUUGCAGAUGAAAGCUGCCCAUACUUAGCAGCUGACUUCUUUGAAGGAAUUCGCAUUAACUUCUGAAUUCAGGGGACUGAAAAUAAUUGACCACUAAGCACUUUAAUGUAAACUGACUUGAAAGAAUUGUAGGAAUACAGAUUACCAAGGUAAUAAGUAUUUUGAAGAGGUACUGUUCUAGUCAGCAGAACUCUUACCUUUAGUAUAUUAUUUAAAAGGAAUGAUAAUAUUUAACAAUAUGUUUACAUUGCCUGUAUGCAUCAGUAUAAGUGAUUAUUAGGGGUAAUUUCAUUUAGAAAGAAUACAUGACAGAAUUUAAGAUUGAGAAAGUAUGCAAUUGUGUUUUCAACAGUAGCAUGCAGUUUGAAGGGAUAAGAGUUUUAUUAGCUCCUCAGUUUUUCUGCCUGUUACGGCAAUAUUAACUUUCCUACCUCACAGAGCUGUUAAGUGAGAUAGCAGAUUAUAUCCAUGUAACGAGGCAUUUACUUACUUUUCUACAAAACAAAGUAUACAGAAUGAAAACUAAUAAAAAAAGCACAUACAUUUCUCAUGCAAGAGAAAUAUGUGGUAAAGCAUGUUGAUUGUGAAAAAUUAGGAAAACAUGAGUGCUCAGAAUAGGAAAACUACAAUGUUUAGAAACUUUUUAAAGAACCAACAGCCAAAAUGUAAAAAAUUUAUUCCUGAGUUUAGAAGCUAGAGGAACACAGUGACAGAGCAGUCUCUGUGUCCCUUUGUCCUUUGACUAUAUAAAAUAUUUAUCAGUGUUAUAAUUUAUCAGUUUUGUUGUAACAUGAAUGUGCUGUUUCUUCUAACAGGUUCUGUUGGCAGGAAUAAUGAAAAUAAAAUGUUUUAUGAGCAAGCCAA